CCUCCAAAUUUUGCGGAGCCAGAAGAAAAAAGAACCCAAGAUCAUCUCCGAUUUGAAGAUGGGAUCAGAAACAAGGAAACCGAGAUUCCUCUGCCUCCAUGGAUUCCGGACAAGCGGAGAAAUCCUCAAGAAACAGCUACAUAGAUGGCCGGAAUCGGUUCUGGAAAAACUCGAUCUCGUUUUCCUCGACGCCCCGUAUCCUUCCCAAGGCAAAUCCGACGUCGAAGGGAUCUUCGAUCCUCCUUAUUACGAAUGGUUCCAGUUCAAUAAGGAAUUCUCCGAGUACACUAACUUCAAUGAGUGUCUCAAAUACAUCGAGGAUUACAUGAUUAAACAUGGACCAUUCGAUGGUCUCCUCGGUUUCUCACAAGGAGCCAUAUUGUCGGCGGGGUUACCGGGACUGCAGGAAGAGGGUGUGGCUCUGACGAAGGUUCCGAAAAUAAAGUAUCUGAUAAUAAUCGGAGGGGCCAAGUUCAAGGCACCGGCGGUGGCGGAGAAAGCAUAUUCUUCCCCGAUUAAGUGCCCAUCUCUCCACUUCCUAGGAGAUAUGGAUUUCUUGAAGCCAUAUGGACUAGAGCUCUUGGAAACAUGUGUAGACCCUGUUGUGAUUCAUCAUCCAAAGGGCCACACCAUACCCAGACUUGAUGAAAAGGGAUUAGAAAUCAUGUUGGAGUUCAUCCAGAGGAUCCAAAAUGUGUUGCCUGAGAAGGAAGAGAAACCACAGCUAAAUGAAGAACUUUUGGUCCUCUAGCUGGGAAACAAUGCAUGAAACUUUUUAAAUUAGAAUAUUCAUACUCAAAUUAUGAGGAAAGCAAGUAGGAAAGAUUCAGACAAGGCAAUAUCCUAACUCAGGACAUGGAUUAAUAAUCAUCUUAGUGUCAUUUUAUUAUUACAAAAAAACUGUUUUGUCUGGACUCCAAAACAGGGACCUCCUAUUAUUGUUAGGUAUUUUACUGGCCUCUUAGGAGAUUUGUGCGGUGUAUCAAAAUCUACAUUAUAGUGUAGGCAAAUGACUCAAAUAAGGGUACCUUCUUUCAUUAUUUAUGUAAUUCUGCACGCUAUUUUCUAUUAGAUACAAUAAAGGACACUAUUUACGAGGAGACUCACCAAAAUUGUGCACUUUUAGUAUAUGUAAUUCCGAAUAAACUCUUUUGUAAUUU